AUUGUUUUCCAGGGAAGAAUUAUUUAUUGCAAUGCAAAGCCGUGAAGACAGACGCUCUCGGAGGGUGCAAGAUUACAAGCAGACGCGUAAAGCCGACAACAAAAAUAUCGUUAACUUUAGAAACGAAAGGUUUCUUCGCGAUGCAUAAAAUCAAGCCAGGAAAGAAGUACAACAUUGAACAAUGCAAGGAUCCCAUGUGUAAUAUAUGUACAUCUACUGAUGGAUGGAGCAAUCCAGGUAUCAUCGUGUACACGUGCAGCAAUCCCACUUGUUCUCUUUGCCAGGGAGAUUACAGCUUACUCUUGGAUAUCAUACAAUGGGAUGUAUCACCAGAAGAGUACUGGACACCAAUGCAAGAACAACUCCGGAUGACGUCAUCAAAUAAACUAGACGUUGACAACCCACUACCAGAAACAAUGGUUAGGAGAGAAAGUGAAAAGGGAAUUAAACGCAAGUCGUCUGAGAUGACGCAUGACGCGGAAGACACUGCCAAAAGACGGUCAAUUAAUAAUAACCUAAUUAGAAAUGGAAAUGAUGAGCUGAUUAAUGCCGUCGAUGACAAUCAAUUGAUGAAUCUUGCACGCGAACUGGAAGUUGACAAAAUGCAGUAUCUACCAGAAUUACAUAAGGAUGUUAUCACAGUUUUGACAAUGUCAUAGGAGAAUCGUUGUUUAUCAUUAAACAAGCAUGUUUUAUCAUUUUAGGUCCGAGUUUUUGACCAUAAACCGUUAUACACAACAAGUAGGCACAUGUUUCUUUUGCCUAAUUGUACAUAGAUUCUUAGUUUGUGUCCAUUGAGAUGUACUUUACACGUAGAAAUUCACACGUACGCCGAAUCGAAAUGAAUUUGAUGCGACAAAAGUAGGGCGAAUGAUUUGAAAGUUGAACAUUGUGCCAAACGAAAACCAGGAGGAAGUUUAAUUGAAUAUUACUUCGGGUAUUUAUCGCUUUUCAAUGAAUGCUACUAUAUGUCAACGUCGUAAUUAUAAUAAAAAUAUUUCUAAAUUAGAGUCGACGCAUAAAAA